AUGCCGGAGAAAGUCAUCGACAGUUUGAGCUUCAUCAAGAGCCACUGGACAGCAUGGUGGAUUCUAGGAGUGGCCCACGAACGGGUGCAGUCCUGGCGUAGUUUCUACCUCCGCUACAGUGUGGUGGUGAAUGUGGUGUUCACCGUCGGCUAUCCGCUGCACUUGGGCCUGUCUCUCUUCAGCAACCGCAGUCUCACCGAGGACAUCCUCAACCUGACGACCUUUGUGACCUGCCUCGCCUGCUCCGCCAAGACUCUUCUGUACGCCUACAACAUUGGCAAGGUGGCUCGAAUGGAACACCUCCUGCGGCUGCUUGAUGAGCGAGUGAGUGGCAUGCAGCAGCGUGCCAUCUACGGCCAAGUAAAGCUGAAACUGCGCACCAUCCUGUAUGUCUUUAUUGGCAUCUACAUGCCGUUAGCUCUGUUCGCCGAGCUCUCGUUUAUCUCUAAGGAAGAGCGGGGCCUCAUGUACCCCGCCUACUUCCCAUUCGACUGGUUACACUCCACGAGAAACUACUACAUUGCGAACUUCUAUCAGAUUGUGGGAAUAUCCUUUCUACUCGUGCAAAAUUAUGUCAAUGACUGCUUUCCGGCCGUGGUGCUCUGCCUUAUCUCGUCACACGUGAAGAUGCUCUACUCACGCUUUGACGACAUUGGCAGGGAUCCAUCCAUUGAUGCUGAGAAGCAGCUGGAAGACUGCAUCACCGAUCACAAGCGCUUGCUCAAUAUCUUCCAAUGCAUGGAGGGAUUCAUGUCACUCCCAAUGUUCGUCCAAUUCACGGUGACCGCUCUGAACUUGUGCAUCAGUGUCGCAUCUGUCGUGUUCUUCGUCAGCGAACCCAUGGCCCGAAUUUACUUCAUCUUGUACGCCAUAGGAAUUCAAUUGCAAAUCUAUCCGUCAUGCUUCUAUAGCACAGACAACGAGUACUGGUUUGGACGCCUCCACAAUGCCGCCUUCAGCUGCAAUUGGCCCGAUCAGGAUAGGACCUUCAAGCGGAAGAUGAUGAUUUUUGUGGAACGAUCGCUGAUGCCGAGCACAGCCGUUGCCGGUGGCAUGUUGCGCGUCAAUGUGGACACGUUCUUCGCGACCCUAAAGAUGGCCUACUCCCUGUUCACGAUUAUUAUUCGAAUGAGAAAGUAG